UUGAUUGUAUUUGUAACCGUCUUGGUUCUUUUACAAGAGUUUACUAGGCGAAAGUUUUGUUUUCUAUUUUAUAUAAACAACUCUGUUUCUAUUUGUUAACAAACCAAGAAAGACAGUCAUAUUAUUUGUAACAGUCUUGGAACCUUUACCAACUUUAUUCAAGCAAUGUUCAUUACCCGUGUUAUGUAAACAGUUUUGUUUCCAUUUAUACCACAAACUUAGACAGUCUCAAUUUCUAAUUUGAUUGAUUGUUUUGCGGGGCUCGCGGCGUGACGCGGUGGAGAAAAAGUUCCAUGAAUCUCGUGCCCAUGCGAGAUGACGUAGCCCAAUGCAUAAUGCAUGAACAGGUCGGUGAAACUACGAAUCGAUGGGACUGCCGUCCCUGCCUAUGCCACUUCGUGCUCGGCGGGUGUAUUCGUCUCUUCAAAGCAACAGACAGUGCUUGAAAUAUUAAUGAACCGUUGGUCUUCAUUCGUUCUUUAUCUUUAUGCUCUGCGUAGUCUCUUUCUUACCUUCACUUGCAUAACAGCUUUAGUUGAAUUGUUUUCCGUUGGGAAACUGUUCGCUUUAACGCAGUUUAAAGAGUUUCAGAUUAAACCAGCGCUUUUACAUUACAGUUCAAUUUAGGAGCUUAAAAAGUUUAAAUUAGUGUUUGACCUAUCUAGAAUCCUAUUAUUAACAACUACAAUGGCAACUAUCAGUUUUGAACAAGAUUUUGCUUCAGAAAAAUGCUUAAAAGCUUAUUACGACCAGCUGCCUACUGAGACAGCUCCGUUUUCUCUUGACGGAUUUUCGUCGGAGGCAAAUAUACCUUCGUAUACCGACAACCUUGAGGCGGAUCCGAACCAAGCGUAUUCCGGCUUUGAUUUCUCGGAGGAAAAAGCGGAAGAGCCUGUCCUCCAAUCCCAGCCGGAUCUUCUUUCUCAUUCUGACGUCAUUCCGCAAAAAUUUGGGAGUCUUGAUGACGUCAGAGAAGUUGAUGACGUAGAAGAUCGACCAGCAGAGGAGGACACACAACCUGAAUUAGAGCCAGAAACUAAACCCGAGAUGCCGGAGCCUUUGAUAGAUCUUGCACCAAAAGAUCCAAUCGACACAUUGCUUCCUCAAAGUUCUGAGGAGGACAUAGAGGAUAAACCUCUUACUCCUGAUCCAGAGCCGGUAAAGGAGCAAGUUGAAGAUAUACCGGAAGAUCCUCUUCCGGACUCUACAACGAGUGCUGCUGAAAUUUCACCACUUUUAAAGUUUUCGAUUGGUGGAGAUAAUGAAGUUGAUAGCUCAGAAAAGGAAAAAGACCCAGCCUUCUUUACAUGGAAAGCAAGAGUUAAGGAUCUUUUGUAUUGGAGAGAUAUCAAAGUUUCAGGAGUUGUAUUCGGACUUACUCUACUUGUUCUGUUGUCAUUAUGCUGUUUCAGUGUUGUGUCGGUCAUAUCUUAUCUAACAUUGUCUCUACUCACCGUCACUGUUGCAUUCAGACUUUAUAAACUUGUAUUGCAAACUUUGAACGGAACUCAACAACCAAAUCCAUUUCAGUCAUUAUUAGACAUGGAGGUAACUUUAUCAAAAGAUCAAAUCCAUAAAUAUGCGGAUGUCAUUCUUGAUCAUCUUAACUGUACCCUUGUGUGUACACGGGAUCUUGUGCUUGUGAAAAAUAUGGUGGCAUCGCUUAAGUUUGCUGUAUUCAUGUGGUUGCUCACAUACAUCGGAUGUUGUUUCAAUGGACUUACUCUGCUUAUUCUUGGUGUAAUCGCUGCUUUCGUUUUACCGCCAAUAUAUGAGAAAUACCAAGUUCCCAUUGAUAACCAUUACAACCUUGUUGCUCAAAAGUUCGCACAAGUUGCCAACGCUGUCCGAUCUAAAAUUCCUGGUGCCAAACCCAAGACUCAGUAGUGUGCAUCAUAAUUGAACUCCAGCUAUCCUUGUGGGGCCCAUGGUAUAUAUUACCUUGGGUUGGUGGUCUCUUCUGCAGCCUGGUGGUUAAAAGUCUCUUAGCUGUGAAUGGUUGUCGUAUUUGUGUGUUUGUGUGUGUAGAAUCCUUUGACUGUAGAUACAAAUAACUUACCAUAUAUUAUUACUUUGCCUUUAACAGGCUGUGAUAUCUUUGUUUCUGAGGUACAUUUUCCUUUUCCAUCAAGCCUAUAUAAGCAUGUUGUCAUGUAUGCGCCAUUAUAUCUCAUUCUAGCGCCUUCUGUGUACAAAGCUUCAUCUGUAUAAAGCAUGAACACAACUGCGACUUAAAUCAAACACACUUUAAAAUCAAAUAUUCUAAUUAGGUUUGCAUCAUUUUACAAAUGUUUCAAAUUCCUUCAACGUCAAUACACGCAACGGGGUUCACGAUUAGACAAAUUCACCGCUUAUGUUUCUGAAAUAAAAUCGACAUUUAACUA